CACCGCGGCUUUGUUUCUCUUUCAAGCACACACGCACACGGCACCAACUCAAAUUCAGCUCAGGUCUGCGCCUAAAGCAUCUCCAUGGCUUCGACGGCGGCGGCGUCCAACCUGUGGCUCGGCGGGUUCGCCGCGGCGGUGCAGGGGGCGUGGCAGGCGAUGGCGGCCGGCCACGGCGACACGCGGCCGCGCCACCAACAGCUGCGGAAGCAGCAGCAGCUGGGAGGCGAGAGGAAGACGACCGCGGUGCAAGGAGCCGCCGCGGCCGGGGGGAAGGCUGCGAAGGAGGGGGACGUCGCGAGGUGCGGCGGCGCCAUGUCCGACACCACAGUUUACCUGCUGCUCGACCGGUUCGCGCCCAGCUGAUUCGUCGCCGACUCGCCGUCGCCGCGGCAGAUCUGUGUAAAUAAACGCUGUGACUAAAACUGAAAUGCCAUCUUGCAUUUUUGCUGGACGAUGAGCUUGUCGUAUCGCUGAGCAUGCACUCGGAGCAAUGCUGUUCUACCGAUCAUUUGUUCUUUCAGCAACUUUUCAUGGCCA